AUGCUGGUAUUAUUGCGCAUCAGACGGAUCAUCACCUCGAAUUCACAGAGAUUCAAAAUAUCUCACUCUUAUUCUCUGAAACUUCACUCAACAGUAGCACUGCAACUUCCACCCCCAGACGAAUCACAACCCAUAGAACCCCUCACCAAAACCCAGCUCAAGACCCUCGUUCUCAACCACUACACCCAUGGCAAGUUCACCAACCUGGUCAGAAACGUCGUCGCCUCACCCAUCGUCCUCUUCACCGCCUGCGAAAACGUUGCUGCCCCACGAACCCAAAACGCUCCCUUUCGCCCCGGUUCACACUCCCUGGUCUCUGAGCGGUUCAGCAUCGAAGCCAUGGGUCGAGAGCUCCGCGAGAACAGGUUCAACGUGGGAGCUUGCUGCGUGACAGUAAAGCCCUCGAGCAAAAAUGGGUCGCCUUUGGUUUUGCCCAAUUUGAAGCUGAAGGUUUUGGUUGAGGCUAUUAGGAUGGUGUUAGAAGUGGUGUACGAUGAACGGUUCGUGACGUUUUGCUAUGGUGGGCGUGUUGGAAUGGGAAGGCACACUGCUAUAAGGUACCUGAAAAACUCUGUUGAAAAUCCUAGUUGGUGGUUUACUGUGAGGUUCAAGUCUCAAAAGUUUGAACAUGCCCAUGUCGAAAAGUUGUGUUUUUUCAUUGAACAUAAAGUAAAAGAUGGUGUUUUGAUUGAUUUGAUUAAGAGGUUGUUUGAAUAUAAGGCUUUGGUAAUUGAAUUGGGUGGGAAUUGUUUGGGAAGGGGGCUUCCUCAGGAAUGUGGGUUGUGUUCAAUUUUCUUGAACAUAUACUUUGAUGGGUUUGAUAAAGAGAUUCAAGAGAAACGGCUUCGGGAAAAUCAAGAAAAUCGUGAAUUGAGUCCCAAGCUGAUUGGUUCAGGUUCGGGAUCUGACAUGUUUUACAAGCCAGUGAAAGUAUAUGCAGUGAGGUACUUGGAUGAGAUACUUAUUGCAACUUCAGGGACGAAGAUGUUGACGAUGGAGUUAAUGACCGGAGUUGUGAGAAGUUUGGAACUUGGUUUGGGGUUACAUGUUGAUAAAGUGAACACAGCUAUUCACAGUGCGGUAUCAGAGAAGAUUGAGUUUCUUGGGAUGGAAUUACAGGCUGUUCAGCCUACGGUUCUGCGCCCGCUUAUGUCAGAGAAAGCAAUCAGGGCACGGAAGAAGUACCUUAGACAGAAGGAAGUUAGAUCUCUAGAAUUGAAAAAUGCUAGAGAAAGGAACAGGAGGAAAUUGGGGUUGAAGAUAUUUGAUCAUGUAUAUAAGAAGACCAAGCAAAGUGAUGGGUUUAAAUUUGACUUUAGUAUUGAAGACGAAGCGAGGGAAAUUUUCAACUCUUGGGCAAAUGAAGUAGUGCAAGAAUUCUUGAGCAACAUAGAUGAGUGCCAAGAAUGGCAUCGAAGUCUAUCUGCUGGUGAUUUUCUUUCCUUGAGACACAUUAGAAAUCAAUUACCACCUGAGCUUGUUGAUGCUUAUGAUAAGUUCCAAGAGCAGGUAGAUAAACAUUUGAAUCCUAUAAAGGCUAGGAAAGCAAUUGAGGAAGAAGAAAGAAGAGCAAAGGAAGAGGAAGAACAAAAAUAUGCGAAAGGAACAGUUGAGGAUUUGACAAGGCUCUGUAUGAAAGUUGAUGCACCAAUAAUACUCAUAAGAAAGGCUGUGAAGUUGGUUGGUUUUACAAAUCACAUGGGUCGUCCAAGGCCAAUCGAAUUCCUUGUUGCUCUUGAGGAUACCGAUAUUAUCAAGUGGUAUGCUGGCAUAGCAAGAAGGUGGCUUGAUUUCUUCUGCUGUUGCCACAAUUUCAAGAUGGUAAAAACUAUUGUAACUUAUCAUUUGAGGUUCUCUUGUAUCUUGACAUUAGCAGAGAAGCAUGAAUCCACUAAGCGUGAAGCCAUAAAGCAUUUCAGCAAAGAUUUGAAAGUCUAUGAUAUGGAUGGAAAUGAUGAAGUGCAUUUUCCCACAGAAAGAGAGGUCAAGAUGAUGGGAGAUAGAAAUCUCUCAGAUCCAAAGCCUGUAGAUGGGGUUUUAUCUUUGGCUAUAGUAAGGUUGGCAUCUGAUGAGCCUCCAUCACACUGUAUUGCCCAUUUCUGUGACAAGACAACCAGUGUCUUUUAUCGGAUCCGUCUGCUGCAAAAUUGUUUGAAUGUGAACCCACUGGAGAAAGGAAAAUGGGUGCAAGGGAUGGUUGGAAUUCAUGAAAGCCUGAACCGUAAGUGCCUCCCACUCUGUACUGAUCAUGUAAAUGAUUUGUACUUGGGUAGAAUCACUCUUCAAGACAUUGACUGUUCCUCUUGUAUGGAAGUGGACUGACUGUCGGUGCUAACUCUUUUUUUUUUAUUGGAAUCGAUGAAAUGAGUUCUAUAUAAGAAAGCCUAAUGCACAAGGCUUCCUGACUUUGCGACGGAAAAGAUGAGAGUCGAUUGUAUGCAAUUUUGUGCUUGCGUAUUUGCAAAGUGAGUUCUAUAUACUGUACUGAAUUUUAACUUCUUUUUCUCAUUACUCAAUCCUAGACAAU